UGAAGGAGCAUUGGCCAGAAGUUCGCCACAACUCGCAAAUGCACGCCAGCCACAGAUAGUACAGGUUCUAUAAUUUCUCAAAUGCCGUGUGUUCUCUAGCAUCUGCAACAUUGUAGUAGAUUCUAUUAUUUUCCCCUCUCGAUGAUUUCCUCGCCCGGCGGCAUUUCGCCGUCGCUCAAGACAGAGCUUUAUAACCCUACUGCUAAUCGGGGUUCUGUCCCCGUGAGGACAACAUUUCAACACAGAAGCAAAUGUGUAAUGAAUAGGAGAAGUUUUGCUUUUAGGGGAAUUGUGGCUUCUGGAGUUUCAGUCAUGGGCUCUUCUGCGGUUAUCCAACCUGCUGAAGGGAUGGAAAGAUUACCUUUCAAACCAGAGGGGUAUAACUUCUGGACAUGGCGGGGUCACAAAAUACAUUAUGUUGUUCAAGGAGAAGGCCCUGCAAUAGUUCUUAUUCAUGGUUUUGGUGCUUCUGUGUUUCAUUGGAGGUAUAACAUACCAGAGCUGGCUAAAACGCACAAGGUCUAUGCCUUAGACUUGCUGGGAUUUGGGUGGAGUGACAAAGCAAUUAUUGAGUAUGAUGCCAUGGUGUGGAGGGACCAAGUUGUCGAUUUUAUGAAGGAAAUAGUGAAACAGCCUGCAGUUUUAGUUGGAAACAGCCUCGGAGGAUUUACUGCUUUGGUUUCAGCAGUGGGGUUGCCUGAGCAAGUUUGCGGAGUUGUAUUACUGAACUCCGCUGGGCAGUUUGGAGAUGUGAAUAAGUUGGCAGAUCAACCAGAAGAAACCAGCUUCCAGAAGCUCAUUCUGAAGCCACUGAAAGAUUUUUUCCAGCGGAUAUUUCUUGGAGUUCUUUUCUGGCAAACUAAACAACCGGCUAGAAUUAUUUCUGUUUUGAAGAGUGUAUACAUAAAUUCUGAAAAUGUGGAUGACUAUCUGGUAGAGUCUAUAUCAAGGCCAGCAGCCGAUCCGAAUGCCAGAGAAGUUUACUACAGAUUGAUGACAAGAUUCAUGUUCAAUCAAAGCAAAUAUACUUUAAACAGUGUACUGGAUGAGCUGCGUUCCCCACUGUUGUUGCUGUGGGGUGAAUUAGAUCCAUGGGUCGGUCCUGCUAAGGCCAACAGAAUCAGAGAACUGUAUCCCAAUACAACUCUUGUCAAUUUGAAAGCAGGGCAUUGCCCACAUGAUGAAGUUCCAGAGCUUGUCAAUUCUGCUUUGAUGGAUUGGCUAUCAACCCUACAACUACCUCAUCCCUCUCUUCCAACACUCUGACAUUCUUCUCAAAUUUUAUUGUACUCACACUUCACUUUUGUAACUGAACUGCACAUUUUCAGAUUUUUUAUACUUAAAUGCUUUAUAUGAAACUAGAGAGUAAGUUAGUUCUGCAUGAAGAAUGAAUGCAUGUUGUUGUUGA